AUGGAAAAUUUAAGACUAGAAGUAGAAGAUUUAAGAAAUUCUAUGAAAAAACUAAAAGGAAAAGAUAAGAUAAGAAGUGAUACUAGUAGUGUAGAUACUUGUAGUGAUGAUAGUAGAAAAGAAAUAGAAAAUAAUGAGAAAGAUUUAAAAAUAGUAGGAUACAUAGAAGGAUUAGUAGAAGAAGAAGAAGAAGAUGAUACAGAAAUAGUUAAAGAAAAUGAUCAAAUUAUAGAAGUACUAAGAAAGAUGAAAUCAGUCAAUGCUAUAAUAGAAGAGGAACCAACAAGCAUGAAAUCAGUCAAUGCUAUAAUAGAAGAGGAACCAACAAGCGAUAUAGAAGAAGAGUUUGACCAAAACAAUAAUAAUAUAGAAACUGAUGCAGAAGAGUUUGACCAAAACAAUAAUAAUAUAGAAACUGAUGCCGAAACAGAAGAUAUAAUAAAUGAAGAUGCUAAUGAUUAUCCUGAAGAAGAAUUAAUCAGCAAAAGAAAAACAAGACUACCAGACCACAUACCAAUAGGACAACAAUCUGAAUUUAAAGAUUUUGUAGGAUCUAUGAGUCAAGGAGUAAAUUUAAAUGGAUAUUUUCUAGACUUAGAUAAUGUUUAUGAUGAACAAGAAAUUAAUAGAAGAAUACAUGACUGGAAUUUAGGAAUGUUUAUAGCACUAAUGAACUCAAAUUACACUGCAGAUCUUGAUUAUGUUUAUGACUUAAUAUCAAAAACUUUAAUAGGAAAAGAGAAAGAUGAGGAGAGACGAAAAUCCUUUACUGAUCAUCUUUAUUCAAGUCUGUGUCAAGCUGGAGUUAACACCUUUCGAGAUGAUGAAGGGAUCCAGAAAGGCAAGAGCAUCUCUGAUGAGCUAUUGAAGGCCAUCGAGGGGUCCAAGAUAUCAAUUAUCGUAUUCUCUAAAACUUAUGCUCGAUCGAGAUGGUGUCUUGAUGAACUGGUGAAGAUCGUGGAAUGUAAACAGAAUUUAGGACAAAUGGUUCUUCCUAUAUUCUAUGAUGUUGAUCCUUCCGAAGUUCGAAAACAAACAAGAGAAUUCGGUGAUUCAUUGAUUCAACAUCGAGAACGAUUUGGGGAUCAAAGAGUUGAUGAGUGGAAAGCUGCACUCACUACAGUUGCUAAUUUGUCGGGAUGGGAUUUGCAAAUCAUGGCAAACGGGUAUGAGUCCAAGUUCGUCAAAAGAAUUACUAAAGAGGUAUUACGGAAAGUGAAUCGUACAUACAUAAAUGUUGCAAAGUAUCCUGUUGGAAUUGAUUCUCGUGUUAGAGAUAUACUUCAUUUAUUGCAAACUCAAACAAAUGAUCAUGUCAAGAUGAUUGGAAUUUUUGGCAUGGGUGGUGUGGGAAAAACAACCCUAGCUAAAGCCAUUUACAACUUGAGUUAUCAAAGAUUUGACGGUUAUUGUUUUAUUGCAAACAUUAGAUCACAAGUUUCUGAGGGGCACAGUGGUUUAGUUCGUUUGCAAGAGAAACUUCUUUGCAAAACUCUCAAUACAAAGAAACUUGAAAUAGAUAAUGUCGAUGAAGGAAUCAGUUUGAUCAAAGAAAGGUUGCGAUCAAAAAGGGUUCUUAAUGUUCUGGAUGACAUAGAUGAUAUUAGUCAACUAGAAUCAUUAGCUGGACAUCGGAAUUGGUUUGGUUCAAGCAGUACAAUUAUAAUAACAACCAGAGAUGUUCAUUUGUUGAGUGACCUUAGAGCACACGAGAAGUACAUGGUAAAAACAUUAAACUUUUUUGAAUCUUUUCAACUAUUGAGUUGGCAUGCUUUUGGUGUUUCUGAACCAUUAGAGGAGUAUACUGAAGUAUCUGAAAGAAUAGCAAGUUAUACUGGUGGACUUCCUUUAGCGCUUACAAUUAUAGGUUCUCAUUUGCGUGGAAGAUCUGUGCAAGAGUGGAUCGACAAUGCUGAGAAAUUGAGAAAAAUACCUAAUGAUAAAGUUCAAAAUAUUCUUAAAAUAAGUUAUGAUGCACUUGAUGAUGAUACUAAGAACAUCUUUCUCGAUAUUGCUUGCUUUUUCAUUGGGGAUGACAAAAACGACACUUCUAUAAUAUUGGAAGCUUGUGGUUUUCAUGCCAAAAUUGGAAUAAAAACUUUGAUAGAAAGAUGCUUGUUGACAAUAGAUGGAGAUGGAGUGUCCGGAAAGCUUCAAAUGCAUGAUUUAGUACAGGAUAUGGGAAGAGAAAUUGUUCAAAAGGAAUCUCCACGAGAUCCCGGCAAGCAAAGUAGAUUGGUUGACCCAAAGGAUGUAUUUGAUGUUCUUCAUGGUGACAAGGGCACCGAAGCAAUUGAAGGGAUAAUUGUAAAUUCGUACAUGUUAGGGAAUGUGCCUUUGAGUACCAAAGUAUUUACAAGGAUGGUAAAGUUAAGAAUACUCAUAUUGGGUCAUACGUGUCUCAGUGGAUCUUUUAAAUAUUUAUCCAAUGAACUUAGGUUGUUUAGAUUACACAAUUGCCAUUUGAGUUGCAUACCAUCAAAUUUUCGCUGUGAAAAACUUGUUGAGUUAGACAUGAAAGGUAGCAAUAUCAAAGAAUUGCAAUGCAAUAUGAAGCAUUUUAGAUGCUUGAGGAUCUUAAAGCUUGAUUAUUGUCAACAACUUAAGAAAACACCAAAUUUCACUGGGGCACAUACUCUUCAAAAAGUAUCCUUUAAGGGGUGUUCAAAUUUGGUCAAGGUACACCCAUCAAUUGGAAGUUUGGAGAGACUUGUUGAGUUAGAUUUCGAAAGUUGCAGGAAACUCAAGAUUCUUCCAAAUAGCAUUUGCAAGUUAAAAUCACUUGAAGUUUUAUGUUUAGAAGAAUGCAAAAAACUGAGAGAGCUUCCAAUUGAGUUGGGAAAAUUAGAGAACCUAAGAGAUUUACUUGCUCGUAGAACUGCCAUCUCACAUAUACCAUUUUCUUUGGGAUGUUUGAGAAAUCUAAAGAGACUAGAUCUGGGGGAGCACAAAAGUUCUGUACUAUCACACUUAAAAUCUCAACUUCUUGACAUUUUAUCACCUCAUUUAUUGUCAAGAAGAAGGCGUUUUGGGGUUGGAUUUUUUCCACCUUCAGUUGCAAAUUUAUCCUCCUUGGAAGUUCUAAGUGUGAGUUACAACUAUCUACAUGAAGUAGAUUUUAGGAUCACUCUUGAGAAUUUGACCUCAUUGGUAUCUUUAGAUUUAUCAGGAAGUUGUUAUCUUCAAUGCUUACCCUUUGGGCUUUGUCAUCUUUCAAACUUGAAACGUCUCUACUUGGACAAUUUGCAAAAUCUUAGAAUACUUGAAGAACUUCCUCUUAGUUUGGAGAUACUCUCUGCAAAAAAAUGUGUCUCAUUGAAAAAAAUAGCAUAUAUAUCAAACUUGAAGAGACUUCAAGCGUUGUUUAUUGGGAAUUGCAAAAGUUUGGUUGAGCUUCCAAACAUGGAGAGUGUUUCAUCCUUAGUAGAGCUUGACAUAAGCAAUUGCAAUGCUCUGACUAUUCCUGACAAAUAUUUGCAUGAAGAUGAUGAUCUUCCAAUUGCUCUUAGGAGUUUGUCCUCAUUGAGAGCAUUAGAUUUAAUGGGAAGAUAUUAUCUUCAAAGUUUGCCAUUAAGCCUUUUCCAUCAUUCCAAUUUGAGGAAUCUCUACUUGGACGAUUGGCAGAAUCUUAGAUCACUUCCACAACUUCCUCCAAAUUUGGUGAUACUCUCUGCAAAGAAUUGUGUGUCAUUAGAAAAAAUAGCUGAUCUAUCAAACUUGAAAAGACUCGAAUGGUUAGAUUUUCAGAACUGCAAAAGUUUGGUUGAGCUUUCAGGCUUGGAGAGUCUUGAAUCCUUACAUGGUUUUGGGAUAGCAAAUUGCAAUGGUGUGAGGAUUCCUUCAAUUGAAAAGUGGUUCAAGGCACGUUCUAAAGGUGAUAGUGUCGAGAUUUCGCUUCAAGUGGGCGUGGGGUCUGUAUUCUGCAAUUUUCCAAUACCUUGGGGGGAUGUAAAGUUUCAAAUCAUGCACAAUGUGAUUGAUCCCAGUGAAAUUGAUGGUUGUAACGGAAUUCGUUUGAGCGUGAGAAGCAAAAGCAGUGGUGCUUGGAUUCUAAAGGAACCCAAUUAUAUUAGCAUCAAUGUGUGUUAUAAUAUCAAAGUCAUUGGGUAUGAUAGUAUGUUUUUUGAAGUUCCAACAAGGAUGGGAGAAGUAUUGGAGGUGUAUGCAGAAUUCAAUUCUUUGGAGAUGAUAUUUUGUCUGUUUGAAAUACAUAGAAACAGAGAAGGCGAAGUGCGUUUCUUUCCAUCCUCAAGGGGAUUCAUUCCUGCAUCUUCAUGAAGCAUAAGGAUUCAUUCCUUUGCAAGAUAUUGUAAUAUUUGCAAUCUUAAAAAUAAGAGGUUACUUUGAACCAUGGUUCAUGUAACAGUGUGGCCCAUGAAGUAAGUAUUAUUCUAAUUGCAUUUCAGUUUCAUUUGACAAUAUUGCUAUG